UGUUACUCUGCAUAGGGACUUCACAGGGAGCAGGAGGAAAUUAUUUUGCGCUUAGAGGCACAUGGGGGUAGAGACAGAAAACUGUUGAAAGACGAGAGACUGGCGACUGCUGAUAUCAAAAGUAAAUUCAAGUCUUAAGCACUUAGUUCGAGUUAAAAAAAUUGACAAGAAUCAAGAGAGGAUUAACUGAAAUUUAAUCUCAGAAUAGUACUCUAAAUCUAAGUAUAACUAAACAGUAUUUACGAUCAUACUCUUUAACUGGACAAUUACAAUCAAAACACAAGUAUAAAUAUUAUUAAACGAUCUACAAGAUUACGGAAUCGUGUGACUGAAGCGAUUGACACAUUCUACUCUUAUCUUGGAGAUACCUACUGUCUUCAAAGCUUACUUCGAAGAAAUUGAAAGAUCUUUUAAAAGAUGGAUCUCCAAGUGGACUUGGUGCCUCUCGUGUCUUGUCUCUUUGCGUUAGUGAUUACCGCAUCGGGCCAGUCAUCCAACAAGUUGGGUUUGUCAUCAGCAUCCGUAUGUCGCCAAUCAGAAUUAUGGAACAGUGCGUGCUCAUUGUGUGAACAACUCGACUUGGGAUUCACCCAGGAAGGUUGUUGUCUAGAGACAGAGUACCAAGCAGUAUGUCACGCCUGUUUAAGCAACGAUGACUGUCUGCUCACUGGACUUGUUGAGAAGCGUCGGAAUAUGUUUGUCGGCAAACGCCGCAAUAUGUUCGUCGGUAAACGCCGGAACAUGUUUGUCGGUAAACGCCGUAAUAUGUUCGUCGGUAAACGUAGUUAUUAUGAGGAGGACAAAAUGCAGCCUGAGUUAGUUAGAAAACCUGUCAUCGACGAGCUUGAUAGAUUAACUGCCGAGAUAUUAGCAUCGAAAUCCAUGGCCAAACGGCAGCGCAUGUUCGUCGGUAAACGAGAUUUAAACGGUGAGAAUAUCGCAAAUGAAAUUGAAGAGUUAGAAAAACGGAGAAAUAUGUUUGUAGGUAAAAGGGACCCAAUUGAUGAAGAGAAACGAAGGAACAUGUUUGUUGGGAAGCGAGAAUCAAUUGACGAGGAGAAAAGAAGGAAUAUGUUUGUAGGUAAAAGGGAUUCAAUGGAAGAACAGAAAAGAAGAAAUAUGUUCGUUGGAAAACGUGAAUCGAUUGACGAAGAGAAA